GCUCCCAACAUGGCGGCGGGGGGCGGAGGCCGGGGGGGCGGCGGCGGCGGGGGGGGGGGCCAGGCUGGGGGGCGGCCGGACAGGCGGCGGCGGCGGCGGAGGAGGAGGAGCAGGAGGGGCGGCGGCGGCGCCGCCCGAGAAGCUCCCGGUGCACGUGGAAGACGCCCUCUCCUACCUGGACCAGGUGAAGAUCCGCUUUGGCAGUGACCCGGCCACCUACAACGGCUUCCUGGAGAUCAUGAAGGAGUUCAAGAGCCAGAGCAUCGACACCCCCGGCGUCAUCCGACGGGUCUCCCAGCUGUUCCACGAACACCCCGACCUCAUUGUCGGCUUCAACGCUUUCCUGCCUUUGGGUUACCGCAUCGAGAUUCCGAAGAACGGGAAGCUGAGCAUCCAGGCGCCCCUGGCUGGCCAGGUGUCCCUGGAGCCGGUCCAGAGCCCCCUCUCGGGCAGCGGCCUGGUGCUCCACUUCUGCCCGGAGAGCGCCCACAACCACGGCGACUGCCCAGAGGAGUCCCGGCAGCAGCAGCAGCAGCAGCAGCCACCACCUUGCAGGGACGAGCGGCUGCAGAUGCCGCUGGAGUCGGACUCGGUGGAGUUCAACAACGCCAUCAGCUACGUCAACAAGAUCAAGACCCGCUUCCUCGACCACCCGGAGAUCUACCGCUCUUUCUUGGAGAUCCUCCACACCUAUCAGAAGGAGCAGCUGAGCCCCAAAGGCCGCCCCUUCCGAGGCAUGUCCGAAGAGGAGGUCUUCACGGAAGUCGCCAACCUCUUCCGGGGCCAGGAGGACCUGCUCUCCGAGUUUGGGCAGUUCCUUCCCGAGGCCAAGCGGUCGUUGUUCACAGGCAACGGGCCGUGCGAUCCCCACAGCAUCCCCAAGAUGGACCCCGAGAAGCACCUGGAGCACAGCAAGAAGCGCUCCCGGCCGCUGCUGCUCCGGCCCGUGCCUGGCCCAGCCAAGAAGAAGAUGAAGCUGCGAGGCACCAAGGACCUCUCGGUGGCCCCCGUGGGGAAGUACGGGACCUUGCAGGAGUUCUCUUUCUUUGACAAGGUGCGGAGAGUCCUGAAGAGCCAGGAGGUGUACGAGAACUUCCUCCGCUGCAUCGCCCUCUUCAACCAAGAGCUGGUGUCCGGCUCGGAGCUGCUGCAGCUGGUCACGCCCUUCCUGGGGAAAUUCCCAGAGCUCUUUGCGCAGUUCAAGUCCUUCCUGGGGGUGAAGGAGCUCUCCUUUGCCUCCCCCAUGAGCGAGCGCUCCGGGGACGGGAUGUGCCGGGAGAUCGACUACGCCUCCUGCAAGCGCAUCGGCUCCAGCUACCGGGCCCUGCCCAAGACCUACCAGCAGCCCAAGUGCAGCGGGCGGACCGCCAUUUGCAAGGAGGUGUUGAAUGACACCUGGGUCUCCUUCCCGUCCUGGUCUGAAGACUCCACCUUCGUCAGCUCCAAGAAGACGCCCUACGAAGAGCAGCUGCAUCGGUGUGAGGACGAGCGCUUCGAGCUUGACGUUGUCCUGGAGACCAACCUGGCCACCAUCCGCGUCCUGGAGAGUGUCCAGAAGAAGCUCACCCGGAUGUCGCAGGAAGACCAGGAGAAGCUGCACCUGGACGACUGCCUGGGCGGCACCUCGGAGGUGAUCCAGCGCCGGGCCAUCUACCGGAUCUACGGCGACAAGGCCCCCGAGAUCAUCGAGAGCCUGAAGAAGAACCCGCUCACCGCCGUCCCCGUCGUCCUGAAGAGGCUGAAGGCCAAGGAGGAGGAGUGGCGGGAGGCCCAGCAGGGCUUCAACAAGAUCUGGCGGGAGCAGUACGAGAAGGCCUACCUGAAGUCCCUGGACCACCAGGCAGCCAACUUCAAGCAGAACGACACCAAGGCGCUGCGCUCCAAGAGCCUGCUCAACGAGAUCGAGAGCGUCUACGACGAGCACCAGGAGCAGCACUCGGAGGGGAGGGGGGCUGCCAACGAGCCCCACCUGGUCUUCGUCUACGAGGACAAGCAGAUCCUGGAGGACGCGGCCGCCCUGGUCAGCUACUACGUGAAGCAGCAGCCCACCAUCCAGAAGGAGGACCAGGCCACCAUCCGGCAGAUCGUCCACCGCUUCCUGCCGGACCUCUUCUUCGCCCAGCUGCCCAAGCCGCCCGUCCCCAGCGAGGAGCCCCCCAGCGCGGAGAAGGGCGGCCCCAAGGCCCCCCCCCCGCUGGACACGCGCGACCUGCGGAGAAGGACUGCCCCGGGCCCCCCCGCCGGCCUCCCGGAAGAGAAGGCGCCCGCCCCCGAGGCCCACGAGCUGCGCAAGAGGGCCGCCCCGGCCCCCGCGCCCAGCCCCCCGGAGGAGGAGAAGCUGCCCGCCCCGGAGGGCCACGAGCUGCGCAAGAGGGGGCCGCCCCCUGCCGGCAGCAGCAGCGGCAGCAGCAGCAGCCCCCCCAAGGAGAAGGGGGGCUUGGAGAGCGCCGGGCCCCCCGCCAGGCCCCCCCGCUCCCGCGAGGACGUCUACACCCUCUUCUUUGCCAACAACAACUGGUACUUCUUCCUGCGCCUCCACCAGACGCUCUGCACGCGGCUGCUCAAGAUCUACCGCCAAGCCCAGAAGCAGCUGCUGGAAUACCGGACGGAGAAGGAGCGGGAGAAGCUGCUCUGCCAGGGCAGGAAGGAGCGCGCGGCCGACCCGGCCCUGGAGCUGAGGCUGAAGCAGCCAAGUGAAGUGGAGCUGGAGGAAUAUUACCCGGCGUUCCUAGACUUGGUGAGGAACCUGCUGGACGGCAACAUCGACCCCACCCAGUACGAGGACACCCUGCGGGAAAUGUUCACCAUCCACGCCUACAUCGGCUUCACCAUGGACAAGCUGGUGCAGAACAUUGUCCGGCAGCUGCACCACUUGGUGAGCGACGACGUCUGCCUGAAGGUCGUGGAGCUGUACCUCGGAGCGCAGAAGCAGGGAGCGGCCGGGGGCAGCCUGUCCUCCCAGUGCGUGCGGGCGGCCCAGGAGACCAGCUACCAGUGGAAGGCCGAGCGCUGCAUGGCGGACGAGAACUGCUUCAAGGUGAUGUUCCUGCAGCGGAAGGAGCAAGUGGUCAUGACCAUUGAGCUGCUGGACACGGAGGAGACCCAGACGGAGGACCCCACCGAGGUCCAGCACUUGGCUAACUACGUGGAGCAGUACGUGGGCCUGGAAGGGACCCCCAGCAGCCAGAGCGAAGGCUUCCUCCUGAAACCCGUCUUCCUCCAGAGGAACCUGAAGGAAUUCCGGCGCUGGCAGUGCCAGCAGAUCCAGGCGCUGCGCAAGCAGCAGGCCAAGAGCUCCUGGAAGCAGCUGGUCGGGGUGGAGAGUGCCUGCAACGUGGACUGCAAGUUCAAGCUGAACACCCACAAGAUGCUCUUCGUCAUGAAUGCCGAGGACUACAUGUACCGGCGGGGAGCCCUGGGCCGGGCCCAGCAGGCGCAGCCGGGGGUCCUGCUGCGGCACCACCAGCACUUUGAGGAGUGGCACCGGCGGUGGCUGGCCAGGCACGUCAGCGGGGAGGCCGCCGAGCUGGUGCAGGACUGGCUGAUGGGGGAGGAGGAGGAGGAGCUGGUGCCCUGCAAGACCACCUGCCAGACGGUCAGCGUCCACGGGGUGCCGGUCAACCGCUACCACGUGCAGUACCCCCACCGGCCCGCCUCGCCCUGACGGCCGGCCGGCCCCUUCUGCUCCAGCCCACCCUGCGCACUCUGGGCAGGCAGCCCUGCCCGCCGCCGGCAUCUCGCCAACCCGCGUCUCCCCUGGGGGCGACGGGGGCAUCCCUCCCGGGUGUGGCCGGGGGGGGCCGCCCGAGAGAGGACCGCCUCUGCAGCAGGCCGGGGGCACCCAGCACGGCCGCUGCCGCUGCUCUGAACUGGCGCUCUGCAGCUGGAGGCCGAGAGGACGUCUGGACCGCGGGAGGGGCAGCCGGGGGCACGGAGGCUGCAGGCGCUGGCCGCGGUCUUGCUCUCGGAGCAGGGGGGGCAGCGGCCUGGCCUUGGUCUGGACAGAGACAAACCCUGACACGCCCCACUUGAGCCUGUGGGCCCUUGGAACUCCCCACGACUGCCCGGUGGGCAUGGACCAUGGACGAGCAAGCGGGAGGCCUUCCUUGCUCCCCUUCAAAUGGGCGUGUGGCUGGAAGCAGAGAUCACCCCAGGCGGGCUGCUUGGGGGCUUGGGGGCCGGGCCAAGAGCGGCAGCUGGGCCCCACAGAUCUCUUUUCCCUGCAAGUGCAGCCGCCGCCGAGGGGGUUUCCGUGUCUGUCUGGUGGGCACCAUCGCUCUUUCUCUCCUCCCCUCUGUGCUCCAGGCCAGGACUGUGAUCCCCGACCCCUUCCUUGCCUGCAAUGGUCUCUGGGGCGGCCGGGGGGGGGGCGAGGGGAGGGGGCUGGGGCGUCUGCCCUUCUUUGCUAUACCUGCACAGCCCCUCUGGCUUGGGAGAGAAGCCCCCCUGAGAGGCCAGCAGGCCCCCCCCCCCGCCUGGCGUGGCCCAGGGACGGCCCUGCUGGUGCUGCUGCUGCUCAGCCCUGGGCCCGGCAGCGCCCCCCCCCCCGCCCGCCGAGAGACAACCGCCUGUGCCAAAUCCCAGUAACAGACAAUGACUUAAGUGGUAGUUUGUGGCUUAACGUGUGUGUUUGAUUUGGGGACAGCGUGACGUCUGAGACCCCCCCCCGCCCGUCCUCUCCCCCCCCCCUUGAAAGUGUACUUCGGGCCACCUUGACUCCCCAACCCCCAAGUUUAUUUUAUAAGCCUCUUAAUUUAUAAUCAAGUGAGAGACGGCGAGCCUGCCCCCACCCGCCCGCCCCCCAAUUAGCCAGGGCUACGAGAAGCCAGUCCGUGGCCAGAAGAGCCGCUUUGCCGAAGGGAAACGGGCCGCCUCUCCUCUCUCUCUCCCGGCUUGUAUUUGCUUUGCCAACUCUUUGAAUGUAGUUUUUCAAAAAUAUUUAUUUGCAAUCAAGUAAAAUAAAGUAUUAAUUUUAAGAUGCA